AUGUCGACGGAGUGCCGAGACGAGUGCUUCCUCUACAUGAUCUCCUGCUUCAGGCCGCGGCUGAAGCAAUACAUCCGGGUGAUGCCGGUGCUGGACAGGCUGCCCUCGCUGAGCCGGGAGGAUAGGGAGAAGGUGCGGGUGGCGGCGGAGCAGCGGGGCGACGUGGAGGGGGCCGAGGAGCUGCUGCGCGCCGUGGAGCGCGGCCCCCGCGACCCAGGUUGGUUUCCUGAGUUCGUGCAGGCGCUGGAGUACGGCGGCUGCGACCUGGCUGCCCGCUACUUGAACUCCAGCCAGCUGCCCUCGCCCACCGAGGAGGCUGACCACGACCUCUGUGUGCAAUUGGUGCAGCUUCUCCACGCCACCUUGGUGGAUAAGAUGCGGGCCAGGCAGGUGGCCGAGAUGUGCCUGCAGAUGAACAUUUUCCAGGAGGAGGACUUGGAACGGAUCAGUGCUGUUACUCAAACUCGUGGGAACAGAGAUGGUGCAAGAGAGCUAUUGAGUAGAAUAGUGCAGAAAAAGGAUUGGUUCUCUCCUUUCUUGGUUGCUCUGCGUGAAACACAACAUGAAGACCUUGCAGAUGAUUUAAGUGGAAAUACAGGAGGAAAAGAGAAUAAAGGAAACGGGGUGAAGAACAGUACAAACAAAGAAACAGAAGCUGCAAGCCAACCAGGACAUUCUGUAGUGAAGGAUUUGAAACAGCAAGAAAAUCUGAAUGGUGGUUCUGUCAGUGAAAAUGGUGUAUUGGAAACAUCUGUUGAAAAGAAUUCCGUAGUUUUGGAAUCGGAUGUCGCUACAGAAGAUAGAAGUGUCAGUAACAUGAAUGAAAACCUGGGACAGAGCAGUACAACCAGUAAUUCAGAUGAAGAUGAAAUGGAGAGCAGAGCUUCACCUGAACCAGAUCUGAUCCUGAGAGACUACCAGAUGGAAGUUGCAAAGCCAGCACUGAAUGGGGAGAAUAUUAUAAUAUGUCUCCCUACAGGCAGUGGUAAAACCAGAGUGGCUGUUUACAUUACCAAAGAUCAUUUGGAUAAGAAAAAAAGAGCAUCAGAACCUGGAAAAGUUAUAGUACUUGUUAAUAAGGUACCGCUAGUGGAACAGCAUUUACGAAAAGAGUUUAAUCCAUUCCUGAAACAUUGGUAUCAGGUUAUUGGUUUAAGUGGUGAUUCUCAGCUGAAAAUCUCAUUUCCUGAAGUUGUCAGAAGAUAUGAUGUGAUCAUCAGUACAGCACAGAUUCUUGAGAAUUCACUGUUAAAUGCAACUGAAGAAGAUGAAGAAGGUGUCCGCUUAUCAGAUUUUUCACUCAUCAUUAUUGACGAGUGUCAUCACACUCAAAAGGAAGGCGUCUACAACAAUAUAAUGCGACGUUACAUAAAAGAAAAGAUGAAGAACAGAAAACUGGCGAAAGAAAACAAACCAUUGAUUCCACAGCCUCAGAUUCUGGGACUUACAGCAUCACCUGGAGUAGGAGGUGCAAAUUCCAACCAAAAAGCUGAAGAACAUAUUCUAAAAAUCUGUGCCAAUCUUGAUGCACGUAGAAUCAUGACUGUUGAAGAACAUGCCUCCCAACUGAAAAAUCAGGUGAAGGAGCCAUUUAAGAAGACCGUGAUUGCAGAUGACAAAAGAAAGGAUCCAUUCAGAGAAAGAAUUAUUGAGAUCAUGACAGAUAUUCAAAAGUAUUGCAAACUCUAUCCAAAAUCUGAGUUUGGAUCUCAGCCAUAUGAACAGUGGGUGAUUAGAGAAGAGAAAAAAGCUGCAAAGGAAGAAAAACGCAAGGAACGUGUCUGUGCAGAACACUUGAAGAAAUAUAAUGAUGCUUUGCAAAUUAAUGACACUAUCCGAAUGGUCGAUGCAUACAAUCACCUAAAUAACUUUUAUAAGGAGGAAAAAAGCAAGAAAACAAUAGGAAGUGAUGAUGAUGAACCAGCAGUAUCAAAACAGGAUGAAACAGAUGAAUUUCUACUAGAUUUAUUUCAUGCAAAAAAGAAACAGCUAAAAGAGUUGGCUAGAAAGCCAGAAUAUGAAAAUGAGAAACUGGUAAAGUUGCGAAACACUUUAAUGGAGGAGUUCACAAAGACUAAAGAACCUAGAGGAAUUAUUUUCACAAAGACUCGGCAAAGUGCCUUUGCCUUAUUCCAGUGGAUUAAGGAUAACCCAAAAUUUGAAGAAGUGGGGAUUAAGGCUCAUUAUCUUAUUGGUGCUGGACACAACAGUGAAACUAAACCCAUGACUCAGAAUGAGCAAAGGGAAGUCAUUGAUAAAUUCCGAGGUGGAAGUGUAAAUUUACUUAUUGCUACUACUGUAGCUGAAGAAGGCCUGGACAUCAAAGAGUGCAACAUUGUUAUUCGCUAUGGCCUUGUCACUAAUGAAAUUGCUAUGUUGCAGGCCCGUGGUCGAGCUCGAGCUGAUGAGAGCACCUAUGCACUUGUGGCUUCGAGUGGCUCAGGAGCUGUUGAACGUGAAGACGUAAAUAUUUACCGUGAGAAAAUGAUGUAUAAGGCCAUUCAGCGUGUCCAGAGGAUGCCGCAGGAAGAAUAUUUACAUAAGAUUGAGAGCUUCCAGUUGCAGAGUAUAAUGGAAAAACAAAUGAAGGCAAAAAGAGAUCAGCGUAAAACAUAUAAGAAAAACCCUUCACUAAUAACAUUCCUAUGCAAGAAUUGCCACAAGCUGAUAUGUUCAGGAGAAGAUAUACAAGUUAUUGAAAACAUGCAUCAUGUCAGCGUGAAAAAAGAUUUCCAACAUCUUUACCAUACAAGAGAAAAUAAGACACUUCAAGAUAAACAUGCUGAUUACCAGACAAAUGUGGAAAUUAUAUGUAAAGAUUGUGGACAAGCUUGGGGAAAUAUGAUGGUUCACCGAGGUCUUGACCUGCCUUGUCUAAAGAUUAGAAAUUUUGUGGUUGUUUUUGAAGACAAGAAAGCAACAAAGGAAAUUUUUAAGAAAUGGGUAGAACUGCCCAUCAGGUUCCCCAGUUUUGACUAUGCAGCUCAUUGUCCUUCAAGUGAUGAAGACUGA